AUGAGUGCCCUCAAGGACUUGGGGCCCCUGCACUACUUCCUUGGCAUCGAGGUGGUUCGACGGCCAGAUGGGUUCUUCCUGCAUCAGCAGCGGUAUGCUCGUGAGCUUCUUGAUCGCGCUGGCAUGCUUAACUGCAAGCCCGCUCCCACGCCCGUCGGCGCCAAGGCCAAGGUUUCCGCUCUGGAGGGUUCUCCCGCAUCCGAUGCGGCCUUUUAUCGCUCCGUCGUGGGCGCUCUGCAGUACCUGACUCUGACGCGCCCCGACUUGCAGUAUGCUAUUCAGCAGGUCUGUCUUCACAUGCAUGCUCCGCGCGACUCUCACUGGACCCUGGUGAAGCGUAUUCUCCAUUACAUACGCGGCAACCAGUCCAUGGGACUCACAUUGACGGCCUCCGCCUCCACCGACCUCGUCGCCUACACUGAUGUGGACUGGGAUGGCUGCCCGGACACACGGCGCUCCACCUCGGGGUACUGUGUCUACCUUGGGCCGUCGCUGAUCUCGUGGUCAUCCAAGCGACAGCCCACCGUCUCCCGCUCGAGUGCCGAGGCAGAGUAUCGGGCAGUGGCUAACGCCGUUGCCGAAUGCUCAUGGCUUUGUCAGCUGCUCCAGGAGUUGCUUUGUGAUGUUCGCAAGGUCACGCUCGUCUACUGCAACAACGUCUCCGCCGUGUACCUCUCCGCCAACCCGGUCCACCAUCUUCGAACGAAGCACAUUGAGCUCGACAUACACUUUGUUCGUGAGCAGGUGGCUCUUGGGCGCAUCCGGGUCCUCCACGUCCCAACGGCGCAACAGUUCGCCGAUGUCAUAUGA